AUGGGCGGGUUCAAGAAGAUCGAGGACCGUCCCACGCCGAAGGAAGUGUACAACUGGCGUGUGUACGCUCUGGCCAUCAUCUGUGGUUGCGGCGCGCUCACGUUCGGAUAUGACGGUAUGCCACAACAACUCGCGGUGCUGAUGGCAGGCGCGUUCAUCGGCACGACCAUCGCCAGACCCUCGUUCAAGGAGGCGAUGGGCAUUGACAAGAUGACCAAGGCACAACAGACGUCCAUGACGACCAAUCUGACCUCGACCUUUACUGGCAGCGCAUGGUUUGGCGCAGUGUUCGCGUGGCCGUGCAUGGAGGCGUUUGGCCGCAAGCGGCCGAUGCAAGUCAGCGCGUUCCUGUUCAACCUUGGUGCAAUCCUUAUGACCGUGACAACCCACAACCUCGCCAUGAUCUAUGCUGGCCGCGCCAUUACAGGUUUCGCCGUCGGCGUGCUCACCGCCACAAUCCCAACCUUUAUCGCCGAGUUCUCGCCCCCAGCCAUUCGUGGCCAGCUCACGGGCUUUUUCGAGAUCGCGUACCAGGUCGGCUCACUCGUCGGUUUCUGGAUCAACUAUGGAAUCACAAGCCACAUGGACGUGACGAGUAACACGUCGUGGCGCGUCGCCAUGGCGGUCCAGCUUAUCCCGGGCGGUAUGUUGGCGGUUGGAUCGGUCGUUCUCAAGGAAUCACCCGGUUGGCUGCUCCGCCAGGGUCGUGAGGAUGAGGCGAUGACCAUCCUCUCGUACGUCCGCCAGCUUCCCGAGGACCAUGAGUAUAUCCAGCAGGAGGUAGCGAUGAUGCGUGUGGUCAUUGACGAGGAGCGCAAGUUUGCCGGCGGAAAGCGGGGUAUGCUGCCCUACCUUCGCGCAUUCGCCAAGGAACUCCAGGUCCCAGACAUGCGGCACCGUAUGAUCUGCCUUUUCUGCAUGUUCAUUCUUAUGAACUUUAGCGGCGCUGUCGUUCUGAACUACUACUCGCCUACCCUUUUUACUUCCGUUGGCAUCGCCAAGGAAGACGUCAACCUCUACACCGGUUUCUACGGACUCGUCAAGGCUGUGGGCGCCAUCACGUUCUGCCUGUUCAUCGUGGACCGUUCUGGCCGGCGCGUCCCGUGGCUCCUCUCUGCCAGCGGAUGUGCUAUCACUCUCAUCUAUAUUGGCGCUUACGUGAUUGCUGUCGACCCCGCGUCCAAGAAGGGCAUGCUCUCGUCCGCCGAGCAGCGAGAAGGCACUGGCGCGGUAGCCUGCAUCAUGUUGUACUCGUUCAUUUGGUCCUGGGGCGGAAACUCCCUCAGUUGGACGGUAUCUUCUGAAAUGUUCCCCAUCUCGGUGCGAUCACUCACGGGCUCCUUCGGAGCGGCGACGCAAUGGCUCUCGUCCUUCGCUGCCACAAUGAGCGCGCCACACAUGCAGGCAGCGGUUGGCGGGUGGAUUUUUGUCUUCUAUGGUCUCUGCUGCGUUGCGACGGCCGUCUUCGUAUUCGUCCUCAUCCCCGAUACCCGUGGGACUCCCAUUGAAAGCAUGGGCAGGCUCUUCGGCGGGCCGAGCAAGUACUGCCAGUGGCGGCAGAAGAAGGUGUGGCCGCCGAACGGCAUCCCGCCACCGGUUACCGAGGACAUGGAUGGUUCGGGUUCGCCUCAUGUCGAGAAGGCUGAUUAUGCGCAUGAUGAGAAGGUCUGA